AUGCGUGCUUUACUGGUAUUUGGUUGGUCCUUUUUGCAUCGAACUCUACUUUUAAAAACAUUAAUGUUUCUAGCCGGACUUUUGGUAACUGCCCUAGCACAGGAUUUGACGUGUGUCGAUGCCAAGUUCCAAGCAUGUCAAUACAAUAUGGCACAACAACUCGGACUGAAUGAUACUGUAUCGGCUCAGCUGUUCAAGGACUAUACCAUCAUGUACAACUAUUUCUUGUACAUGUUCGGAAGAACUCCGGGAAGCACUGCUGACAUGGUGACUGUUUGCAAGUGGGAAAUUAAAUGACAAACAAAACGUUAACAAGUGAAACUUUUUACAGUAGCUUGGAAACGUUCAACCUUUGUAUGCAUGGAAAUCGGGGAUGCUUGGAUAUCUUUAACUUGAUCAAGAAGACUGACAUCAACAAUGUAAGUUGAGAAAAAAACAACUAGGCCAUCCGAAAUACUUUCAAAUAUACACGAGUGGAUUGCACCCUGAAAUUAUAGGCUUACGCUGUAGAGGCCACAUACAGGCAGUACUCGUCUUUCAACUGCGGCCCCGGAAUCAACAGUAUGUUUUCGAAAUAAUGACGGAUUACGCGACAUUUAUUUGCAGCCUUGGAGCACGAAGGACUUAGCUGCCCUCAGAGAGUUUUGAAUACCAGCUCAACAGUUUUCACAGGAUGUGUCAAGACCUACAUUACUAAUGUUGCCAAUGAUGCUACUAAUGGAUGCAAGUAUGAUCCUGCUCUCAGUAAACCUUUCACAAGCUCUUUUCUAGAUACGGUCAGGACUUGAUGAACUGUUGGUCUGCUCCGUUCCAAACUGCUCCGUGCCGCCGAGAAGACGGAGUUGCCACGUGGUGGGCUUGUGAGCAGAAUAAAGUCUUUGUCAAAACGACUUUCCCAAGUUGUCCGCUUUCUUGCGAUGAGAAAUUCGGACCAUUCUUCGGAGCUAGUGCUACAUAUCUUGAUACUCACCACAAAGUUGUCGACGGAGAACAUUGGUUCAAAAUGCCGGAUCUCGUGGAGAAACACGACGGAGAGCUGGUGACCGUGGAUGGAGUUUGGCUUAAAUGA